UUCAAAGCUUGUGAUGGUAAGAGCCUAAAAAUAAUUUCAACAUGAAAUCGUUUGUUACUAUUGCUCUAUUAGUGGUUGGCAGCGCUGUUGUGUUGUGCAACCCAAAUGAUCCAGAAAUGCGCGGAUACAUCGAGGACUGYAAUAAGGAGCACAAUGUAUCGCUAAAAGAUUUCCACGACUUUAUGGAGGGUAAAUUAACAACCGUUCCGGAUAAUUUAAAGUGCAGCAGCCAAUGUAUUAUGGUGAAGCAGGGCAUCAUGGAUGAAUCGGGCAACUUCAAACCUGAUGUUGCUAAAGCUAAGGUUAAAGACGAUAAAUUGGUCGCUGCUGUGGAUGGAUGCAAAGAUUUGUCUGGUUCAACGCCAUGCGAUACAGCCUUCAAAAUCACCGCAUGCAUGUUAUCGAAAAAGUAAAUUUUGGAAGCGUGGGCUGUAAAUCAAAAAUAGCGCAAAAUUGUAAUAUUCUUUAAAUGUUUUUGGUGGUGGGUUUAAAAUUGUUUACUAAAUGAUAAAUAAACUUACACAUUUGAACUGUAA